AGAAGAGGAGGAGGAAGAAGAAGAAGAAGAAGGAGGAGCAGGAGGAGCAGGAGGAGGAGAAGGCUGCUACUUUUCGUCAUGUGAAUUCAAGGAGGUUUUUAAGAUGCUGAGCACCUGCUGACAGCCGACAGUUCACUCGCAUUCAACCAAAAGAUGAAGGAAUGCCGCCUUUAGUUGGAGCUGAGAUGAUCCAGACACCCGUGCAGCUCUAUCGAUAUCUCCUCAGAUGUUGCAGGCAGUUACCAACCACAGCAAUGCAGCAGCAUUAUCGACAUGCCAUAAGACAGAGUUAUAACAGUCACUCAGAUGAAGACGACCCAGAGAGGAUACGGAUGAUGAUCCAGAGAGCUAUUGCAGAUGCUGACUGGAUUAUUGAUAAAUAUGCCAAGAAGAAGUGAGGUUCAUUACCCAUGAAUACAACCUCGGGUGUUGCAUUUCGCAGUGCUGCACCUGAUGUGAGUUAUAGUGGUGGAUGUACUGUUUCUGUGAUUUGUUCUCAUUGUCGUCGGGGCGUGACCAGCUAUGAUGAAGCAACAUCUGAUGAGGAAGACCUCACAAGUCAUGAACUGUUAGGAUCUGUAUAAACGAACUACUCAAUUCAUUUGAAAUGUUAAAAAGUGUUGUUCUUGGAAUGAAAUAAAUAGAAUUAUUAUUAUUAUUA